AUGAAUUUAUUAAUUAGAGUAGUUGCUGCUGCUCCACCACCCAGUAUACAAGAAUGGAGAUUAAAAAGAAAAAAAAGAUUCAAACCUAAUAAAACUGGAAGCUUGUUCCUUCUUACGAUUCCAGUGAUUGCUUUCGGAUUGGGUACAUGGCAAAUAAAAAGAAAAUUUGAAAAAAAUGAACAAAUAAAAGAAUUAAGAAAAAAAGUCGAUUUACCACCGAUUCCACUUCCUAAAAACUUUGAAGAAUUAAACGAAUUGGAAUAUAGAAAGGUUAAAGUUAAAGGAAAAUUUGAUCAUAGUAAAGAAAUAUAUUUGGGUCCGAUAACAUUAUUAGGUGAACAUAAUCUUUUAUCAGGUUUUUCAUCUCUUCUUUCUACGGCUCGUUACACGGGUUAUCAGGUUAUCACGCCAUUUAAAUUAUCAGAUAGAAAGGAAACUAUUCUAGUCAAUAGGGGUUGGAUACCCAAAGUUAAAAAAUCCCCACAAACUCGAUUAGAAGGACAAAUCGAUGAUGAAGUUGAAUUGAUUGGAUUAAUAAGGUUAAGUGAAAAAAGGCCACCCCUAGGGAGAAAAAAUGAUCCGGAACAUGGUAGAUGGUUGUAUAGGGAUAUAGAAAAAAUGUCUGAAAUUGCUGGUACAAGUCAAGUUUUAAUCGAUGCCGAUAUUUCUACCGAAGUUACCAAUGGUCCAAUUGCUGGGCAAACGAAUGUAACGCUACCAGAUAAUCAUUUAACUUAUAUAGUCACAUGGUAUGGAGUGUGUAUCUCAACUUCUUACAUGUGGUAUUUAAGAUUGUUUUCAAUGUGUUUUAAAAAUCAAAUCUAUGAAAUUAUCGUUAAUCCCAUCACAUUGUAUUCAGUCGAAGUUUCUAAAUCGCAGUCUUUACUUUGCCAGUGUUUGUUUCCAAAGAAUUUAUCGAUGUUGUUCUAUUCAUUUUUUAAAUCAUUGGUUGGAAAAGAUGUUGUGGUAGAAUUAAAAAACGAUCUCAGUAUUUGCGGUACUUUACAUUCAGUUGAUCAAUAUUUAAAUAUAAAAUUAACAGAAAUAAGCGUUACAGAUCCGGAUAAAUAUCCUCAUAUGCUAUCGAUAAAAAAUUGUUUUAUUCGAGGUUCGGUUGUUCGUUACGUACAACUACCCGCGGAUGAAGUCGAUACUCAAUUAUUACAAGAUGCAGCUAGAAAAGAAGCUGCAUCACAAUCGCGAUAG